AAUUGUAGCCAUGAAAACGCAGUCGGUUCAACCGACUGCAUGUAGCAGAAAGUUAUUUUGAAAUGUCUUCUGUAGCCCGUAUACUCAUCCUGUAGCAAUAUUCAAGUUCUACCAAAAGUUCUUCUGCAGGAAGCUGAUGUUGACUUUGUAGUUUCACUGUCUCCCUCCUUCCUUCUCUCCCGUUGUUCACUCUCAUGUUUGUUUAUCCUUCCUCUUGGUCUUUCAGUGUCUCUCCCUUCUUGCUGCCUGUCAUCCCUUCUUCACUCGUUCUCUCUGAGAUGCAUGUUGCCUUAGAACUCCUUUGUGAAACAGAAUGCACUCUGUAAUGCAGUGCAACAUUAAAUAAACUGUGAACUAUGUUUUAUCAGUUUAUUCUACCAAAAAAGUUGUUGGGUUUUACUUUCUGUCACGAAUCCAUUUGGUCACCAGCAUGAGGCACUUUAAACUUCAGUCCCUCUAUUGGAGGGAGUCCACUUUGAUCGAUGUUGUCAUUGAGUGCAGUACUACUCAGUCAUCUUGUCAUUAAAAAAAAAAAAAAAAAAAAAAAACUUUCUAAUUUAGGCAAAUCUGAUUAACCCAUUCCAGGUUUAAUUCAUAGUCAAAUCAGGAAUUGAUCAAACUGUUCUGCAAAUGGGAGUCUUAUUUCCAUGCCUGUUAACUGGUCAGGCACCCAGGGCUGGUGCCAGCUUCAUUAGGGCUUUUGGAGAUGGAGAAAUCAGCCCUGAGCCCCGCUUCACAGUGCAGAACCCAGUCCUUCUGCGCAAAGGCAUUGACCAGCCUUGCAGCCAUGUAGUCUCCCCUCCCAUUAAAACUAGCAAAAUAUAGCCUCCCUUUUGACAGAAAGUAACAAUGAUGAGACUGUUAAACAGUGGUCAUGUCUGCUCUGCAAAGGGUUAACCCUAGUUCCGCGGCCAAUGUAACCCAAAUAAGUCAACUAUGAUAUCCAUUAAACUCACAAACAACGUAUCUAUCAGCAGUUGUAAUUACAUAAUAGUUUAAAAUAAUGCUGUGUAUGUGAUUGAAAUGUUGCUGCUUAUUCAGAUGUAUUUAAGCAGGGUAAGUUAAACACAUUAUGCAACAAUGUGAUCUAUAUAAUAUUUAACCAGAUUAGCUUUUGCUAAAUUACAGUAGUCUACUGCAGCUGUGCACAUAAAAUGUGAGUUUGAUAUACAUUGACAAUGGCUAUGAUGAAAUGUGCAUAAUCUAGCGGGCUAGAAAGUUAUGAUUUGUGAUGUCUUGGCAUGUCUAUCCACCACAUUUGGAAUUACCAAGAUCACCGAGUGGUUUAGCAUUAACCGUUUGGGUAAUCUCCAGUAAUUCCCUUUCCAGGUAUGAUUAUUCCUUCUACGUCACAAGCAACAUGUGACGUAGCAUGAGCGUGGGACUCAAUGAUGAGUUCCAGCUAGAGCGUUGAUGUUGCUACUUCACAAUGUAAACAAAUAUCCAAAUAGAGAAACAAAACUAAAUUGAAGGUACUUUAUGAAUAAACUAAAGGGAAAAACGCUAAUAUUUAUUUAUUUUCAAGCGGCAUUUAUGUGGUGCUUUUAUUUGCUUGAUAUAUUUGUUGCACUCGUUUUUAUAACAUUAACGGAUAUGAACAGACGCGUUUAUUAUGUUCAUUCUCUUACACAACUGACCGCUGACGCCCAGUCCUCAGGUGCGCUCCUAUCAAUAAGAAGCUCUCACGGUAGUUUAUCAGCUGUUUACGAGCACAAUUCAUGUUUUUCCCAUUUAAUAAACAUUGUGAAUUAUUAACUACGAAACUUUAGCUAUCUGUCAUUCCUCGCAUCAUCAUGCAAUGAAAAUGCCGCACCCUACACAGGACCAAUGGAACUUUCAUUGUUGCGAGAUAUUUCAGGAACUCCAUGGUAGGCAAACAAGAACAACGUUUUAGCUAACCAUGUAACAAUUGGCACACCUCUGGCAGAUUGGCUUGGCUUAAUCUAAAUCUUCGGUUAUAUUUUACAUAUUUAAGUACAAUUGUUGACGCAUAUUUAAUAAUUCUUACAUAUUUUGUUUUAAAGGCCUAACCUCUCAAUUUAUGUUACCAAGUUGUCAAUUCAGGUUAACACAAGCAAAAUAAACAUACGCACUUUUCUUUCAGUCAGUGUCACAUUCACACUUUCAGUCUGACCAGUCUUAGUUUGCCACCCUUAGAAGCAACCCUUCAUUCUCACACACUAACUGACUCGCCUGGUUUGCUAGCCUUUUCUCUGUCUCUCGCACACACACCCCCCUUUUUUUCUCCCUGCCUGUCUAACUGAAAAGCAGUAAAUCUCUUUGACGUCUCUCCCUUUUUUGUAUCACCAAAGCCAAUGCUAGAUGGUGUUGUAUAUCUGUGACGGGGUGUCCCUCCCUCCGCUCCAUGUGACAAGAAAGCUGAUCGGCACCCCUCCAAUUCCCAUGGAUCGGAUAACACAGCCUGUUUGCUGUAGCAUAUAGCACCGCUACAAUCUGCGGCUGCCGAGCACACUGGAGUACUGUGACCAUUUCACAUUUCGAUACACCGCUAUAAUAUUAUUAUCCCUUUAUUAGCAUCGUUUGCAGCUUCGUUUUAUAUCCAGAACAAGGGCGAAAAAUGCCCAUAGCAGAGGCGUAUGCGCUUCUUCUCGUCUCGUGUCGCGGGGAGUAAACCGGAAUUUGGUAAAAUAAUAAAUAACUCUUCGCCUCACCAUCGUUUGCUAAUCUCUCUCGCCACGGAAUAGCGAUUCGUUAGAAAAUAGAGACUGGUCCUGUUUCUGCGUGUUUCGUAUUUUUUGCUCAUCGGCAUCAUUGACAUCAGACUAGGACGUUAUCUUGGAGAAAAAAAAAAAUACAGUUUUUUUUGUCUGCCUUGGAAGUUUUUCACGGAGGACCAUUUUUGUUUGUUAUUAUUGAAUUAAUUUUAUUCGGUGGAUGUGUUAAUAUGGAGAAUGUGGAGAAAGAGUGUGGCGCUCUGGGUGGGCUUUUUCAGGCAAUCGUCAAUGAUAUGAAGAGCUCCUACCCCAUUUGGGAAGACUUCAGUGCCAAGGCCACCAAACUGCAUUCUCAGCUGAGGACCACAGUGCUGGCUGCUGUGGCUUUCCUGGAUGCCUUUCAGAAAGUGGCGGACAUGGCGACCAACACCAGAGGCGCCACCCGAGAUAUUGGCUCAGCUCUGACCCGGAUGUGCAUGAGGCAUCGCAGUAUCGAGGCAAAACUGCGGCACUUCACCAAUGCCCUGAUGGAGAGUCUCAUCACACCACUGCAGGACCGCAUUGAGGACUGGAAGAAGACCGCCACUCAGCUUGACAAGGACCAUGCGAAAGAGUAUAAACGUGCCCGUCAUGAAAUCAAGAAGAAAUCCUCGGACACACUGAAGCUGCAGAAGAAGGCCAGGAAAGGUAAGGGUGACCUGCAGCCCCAGCUGGACAGUGCCCUGCAGGAUGUCAAUGACAUGUACCUGCUGCUGGAGGAGACAGAGAAGCAGGCGGUCAGAAGGGUUCUGGUGGAGGAGCGCGGGAGAUUCUGCACCUUCAUCGGCUUCCUGCAGCCUGUCGUGAAUGGAGAGAUCGCCAUGCUGGGAGAGAUCACUCAUCUCCAGGCCAUAAUUGAUGACCUCACUGUCCUGACCGCCGACCCUCACAAACUGCCCCCGGCCAGCGAGCAGGUGAUCAUGGACCUGAAGGGCUCGGACUACAGCUGGUCCUAUCAGACCCCUCCCUCCUCACCCAGCAGCUCUGGCUCCAGGAAAUCCAGCAUGUGCAGCAGUGUAAACAGCACCCACAGUAGUGCGUCUCGCUCCUCCAGCGGCUCUCAGACUCACUCACCCAGUUCGUCCUAUCGAUACCGCAGCCUGGCCCAUCCCCCGCCCGGCGGGACCCAGCGGCUCAGCAGCGUCUCCUCUCAUGACUCGGGCUUCAUCUCGCAGGACGCCGCCCUCUACUCUAAGCCACCCUCGCCCAUGCCCUCUGACAUCACCAGCCAGAAGUCGUCGAGCUCUGCCUCCUCUGAAGCCUCGGAGACUUGUCAGUCAGUGAGCGAGUGCAGCUCUCCCACCUCGGUUAGUUCAACCUCUACCGCCGGGGUCUGGUCAGGGGGAGAAAAGUUCGGCUCGUCCUUCGCUACCUUCCGCCCUGCUCUCUCUCUCACUGGCUCCAUCCGGCCUCUCUCUGUCAUUCUUCCUGCGCCCCCACCCCAUAACUGCCCCCCUGGAACCAACACUUACACUCCCUCAUCAAUGGUUCCUUGCUGGAAGGAUUGGUCCAAGCCGGGCCCCUAUGACCAGCCAAUGGUCAGCACAUUACAGCGGAGGAAGGAGCCAGCCGAGCGACACAGAGAAUCUGAGCUGGCCCCGCCCCCCCAGGUGUACCCUGGGAUACAUCCAGAGGAUGCUCAGAGGCUCAGGAUGACCCCAGCCACCAUCGCUGCCAAGCACGGUGAGGAGGUGUCCCCAGCUGCCAGUGAUCUGGCCAUGGUCUUGACUCGCGGGCUCAGCAUGGAGCACCAGAAGAGCAGCCGCGACUCCCUGCAGUACUCCAGCGGCUACAGCACCCAGACCACCACCCCCUCCUGCUCCGAGGACACCAUCCCCUCGCAAGUUUCGGAUUACGACUGCUACUCGGUGAACGGGGACGUGGAGGGGGAGGCGCAGAGCGAGUUCGACAGGUCCUCCACCAUCCCCCGCAACAGCAACAUUGCGCAGAACUACCGCCGUAUGAUCCAGACCAAGAGGCCAGCUAGCACUGCAGGUCUGCCCAGCGGAGCCGCCGGCCAGGGUGGGCAUCCGGGAGGGGGAGGGGGUGGAUUGACCCCGGGGGUGGCCACUAUCCGCCGCACCCCCUCCACCAAACCCUCUGUGAGGCGCACCCUGUCCAAUGCCGGUCCCAUACCCAUCCGCCCUCCCAUAGUGCCGGUUAAGACCCCCACGGUGCCCGAUUCCCCAGGCUACACAGGCCCUCCAGUGAGGGUUGGCAGCGAGGAAUGUGUCUUCUACUCCGACGACAUAUUGCCCAAUGCUAUGGAUUUCGUCAAGGCCUCUCCCAAGCGCCUCAGCCUCCCCAACACAGCCUGGGGCUCCGGUGCAGGGCUGGAGAUGAGCGUCUACGCCCAGCCUCCCCCUCCCAUAGUCCUGACCUCCGAAGAGGACCAGCUGCUAGCCGCUAACCGCCACAGCCUGGUGGAGAAGAUUGGAGAACUGGUGGCCAGCGCCCAUGCCCUGGGGGAGGGCCAGUUCCCUUUCCCCUCCCUCCCCGGAGACGACCUCAUGGCACCGCCCCUGGGCCCCGACGUGGUAGAGGAGCCGGCCUCCGGCGGAGACAUGCUGGUGGCGAUUCGGAGGGGCGUGCGGCUGCGCAAGACGCUCACCAAUGACAGGUCAGCGCCCAGGAUUUUGUGAUGACUGUGGCCUGCACACACAAUUCACACUUCACAGACUCCUUAGAGAAAUUAAAAUAAGUAAAAUAAAAAAAAUGAAUACAUAAAAUAAAAAAAAAUAAAUAAAAAAAAAUGAAGAAAUAAUAAAAUGAAGAAAUAAAUAAAAGACCUGGGCCGCUACCUUAGCGUGUACGGA